AGCACCUCUCUGUGAGAACAUGCCCAGUGGGAAAGCCAACAAGCCUGGAGACGUCGUCACCGCCAAGAACGGCAAAACCAUACAGGUGGACAACACGGACGCAGAGGGACGGUUGAUCCUAGCAGAUGCUCUCUGUUACGCUCACAGCUUCAACCCCAGGGCCAUCGUCAACGCUGCUACCCUCACUGGAGCGAUGGACGUCGCUCUGGGUUCAGCAGCCACGGGAGUCUUCACCAACUCUGACUGGCUCUGGGAGCAGCUUCACAAGGCCAGUGUGGUAACAGGAGACCGGGUGUGGAGGAUGCCCCUGUUUCAACAUUACACCAGACAGGUCACUGACUGCCAGCUGGCCGACCUCAACAACGUGGGCAAGUACAGCCGUUCUGGCGGAGCCUGCACGGCGGCAGCGUUUCUGAGGGAGUUUGUGACGGCCCCUCAUUGGGCGCACCUGGACAUCGCCGGGGUGAUGACCAAUAAGGACGAGGUUCCCUACCUGAAGAAAGGAAUGUCUGGGCGACCGACACGAACACUGGUAGAGUUCACUGCUGGACUGGCCAACCAAGCCUGAAGACACACACACCACAUCUACACACACGGAGCUGGCUGGAGAAGGAUUAUUCUGUAGAGACAGAGACUGUGGUACUGUGUAGAAUCACAGGCUGCUUCCCAAGUAGCACCCUAUUCCCUACCCAUUGGACUGGUCAAAAGUAGUGCACUACCCACAGGACUGGUGAAAAGUAGUGCACUAUAUAUAUAGGGAAUAGGCCCUUUUUGUCCACUACCCAUUGAACUGGUCUAAAGUAGUGCACUAUAUAGGGAAUAGGCCCUUUUUGUCCACUACCCAUUGAACUGGUCUAAAGUAGUGCACUAUAUAGGGAAUAGGGUUCUAUAGGGUCCUGGUCUAAAGUAGUGCACUAUAUAGGGAAUAGGGUUCUAUAGGGCUCUGG